GUUAAUAAUCCUCGUGCCUUACACUACUACUACCUUGGCUCGGUCAGGCUCAUGCUCAUCAGUCUCUAUCUAUUACUCUGACAAAAAAAGAACGAAAUUGCUUUCUCCCGCCGGCUGGAUAUUUCUACGGAGACUCUCCGCCUCCGAGGACCGGAAAUGAGCGAGGAUACGGGCGGCGGCGCGGUGGAGUUCGAGCGGAGCGUCAUGGAGACCUUGAAGCGGUGCGAGGACAGGAGGGACGCACCGCUCGUGUGGGCGGUUGAGGUCGCGAAGUGCGUCGGCGCCGCCGACAUGGAGCUGCCGAGCCCCGAGCUCGGGCAGGUCCUGGUGUCUCGCCUCUGCUCCAACUUCGGCAACCCCUUCCUCUGGAAAUUCCUCGACCAGGCUCUCGCGUCACGCCUCGUCUCGUCAUUCCAUGUCCUCGCGCUUCUCUCUCCCAGGAUACUAUCCGAUCGACAGUCUCAGCCAGAGGCUUACAAGCUAUUUCUUGAACUCAUCAGCCGAUAUAUAUUUUCUUAUGAAGCUGUUUCGACUGAUGCUUGCAAAGACAAGAUCAUAAAAUCUGUUGAUGCCGCCAUGCAGCUUUCCCAGGCUUAUGAGCUCCAUAUUACAGAGCUGGGACAUGCAUAUGUGUUGUUCUUCUUCAGCACUGUAGUUGGCCUAAUAGAUAGCACUGUGGAUGAUUGGGAAUAUCAAAAUACUACCAAAGAUAGGCCAAGUGGUAUACCUGGAAGCAUGGAUCUCCAGAAAAUGGAUGUAGAUUUAAAGGGGACUCAAAAUGACAAGAGGGUUGAACGUCGUGAUUGGAUGAGAAGGACAAAUUCUCUGAUGGCCUUAGAGGUACUAGAAAAAAUAUCAGAAAGCAAAAAAGGGGCAACUUUGCUGCGUGUUAUUCACUUGAAUAUGCCGGAAAAAUUCGAUGGACUUCUGAAGAGGUUGUGCUUUCAUGAAACCUGUAAAAUGACAUCGCCGAAUUUGAUUGCGGCUAAGCAGAUUUUUAUUAAAUUGUCAACAAAUAUCCAGAGAAGUUUGGCUUUUGAAGGCCAGUUGAGCCAAAGAACAGUCACUGAAAUGCUUGUUGAUAUUGAGUCAUGCAACUUUGUGCCUUGUUGGAACUCCAAAUCUGCUUUGCCUGCAUGCUGGGUUCUCUUUGACAUAUAUAUGGAGAGCACAAUGGAUCCAAAACAACUUCCUAUAACCUCAGCUGUUGAUAUACUUACAGAAACAGUAAUUACACUCCAAGUCUUAAACCAGGCAAGCUGGCAGGAGACCUUCUUGGCCCUCUGGGUUUCGGGCCUUCGGCUUGUGCAGAGAGAACGAGACCCACCAGAAGGCCCUAUUCCGCAUCUAGAGGCCCGUCUUUGUGUCCUUUUGUCUAUUGUCCCGCUGGCAAUCGCCAAUAUUUUGAAGGAUGAUGUGAUAGUGAAUUCUUCCCCUCCACAAGACGCCAAACCAUUAACCGAGAUGGAAUUGAAGUAUGGACAUGGGGUAAAUGGGAAAAUUCGUACUCCAAAGAGAGAUGAUCUCAUUCUGGCGCUCCAAUCACUGGGACAAUUUUCUAGCCUCCUAUGCCCGCCAGAGUCAGUCUUGGAUGCGGCCAACAGGGCUGCUGCAAAAGCAGCCGAUGUUAUUUCUCUAUCCAAAAAUACAAAUGAUAGCAAAGGUUCUGAUUGUCCUAGUGGCUCAUCUGUAAAAGCAGGUGGGAAUAUGAGGCACCUAAUAGUGGAAGCUUGCAUUGCGAGAAACUUAAUCGAUGCGUCAGCAUAUUUUUGGCCGGAUUAUGUGUCUGCUUCCGUAAUAUCACUUUCAGAUGCAACUCCAAAAGAGAUGUCUCCUUGGUCAGUGUUUAUGGAAGGAGCACCACUCACGGAGUCACUUAUAAGUUCUCUUAUUGCAACACCAGCCACAAGUCUUGCAGAGAUUAAGAAGGUAUCACGUAUUGCAUUAAAUGGUUCAGAAGAGGAAAAAUCAGCAGCUGCAAAGAUUCUAUGUGGCGCAUCACUUAGCUGUGGAUGGAAUAUCCAGGAACAUGUCGUGAACUUUGUUGUCAAACUUCUGUCUCCUCCUCUGCUUCCUGGUCAUGAUGAGAGCCAGAAUUACUUGAUGGAUCACAUGCCUAUGCUUAGUGCGGUCCUUUUCGGUGUUUCUCCCAUUGAGACCGUGCACAUACUCUCUUUGCAUGGUGCGGUCCCGGAAUUCGCAGCUGCUUUAAUGCCACUAUGUGAGGUGUUUGGAUCACUUAAUCCUGCACUGAACAAUCAAUCUAAGACUGGUGAUCAGCUCUCAGUCUACAGGGUUUUUUCUGCCGCAUUUCUCGUUCUCCUUCGUCUUUGGAAAUUCUAUAGACCUGCUAUAGAACGGGGUCUGAAGGAAGGAGAUGGAGCAAUUGGAGUAGGGCUCACUCUAGAAUACCUUUUGCUAUUACGAAAUAGGCGUUUCCCAUCAGCAACGGUUAAUCCUUCUCCUCAGGAUAAAAUGCCAAUGGACUUAGAUCAAUUUGACUCUCCAUCAGAUAAACCAAUUUACAUUGAUUUCUUCCCUAAAUUACGAGCUUGGUAUUGUCAAAAUAAAAUCUGUGUUGCCUCACCACUUUCUGGCCUCUGUACUGGGAAUUCAGUGCACCAGGUUGCUAAUAGGAUUAUUAGUACGGUUUACUCAAAAAUGACUAUGGGUGGGCCCUCAUCUGAUAAUUCAGCGGCAUCAAGCGGCACCUCAUGUGGGUCCUCAUCAACUGGUGGAGAAGAACCAUCAGAGAGACCUCUACUUCCUGCAUGGGAACUGUUAGAGGCCAUUCCUUUUGCUCUGGAAUCGCUUUUAACUGCUUGUGCAUAUGGAAAGCUCUCGUCACGGCACUUGACGACAGGUUUGAGGGACCUAGUCGACUUUUUUCCUGCAUCACUUGCAGCAAUCAUCAGUUAUUUCUCUGCAGAAAUAACUCGAGGCGUUUGGAAAUUAGUUCCAAUGAAUGGAACUGAUUGGCCUAGUCCAGCACAGAUUCUUCCGAAAGUUGAAUCUGACAUGAAGGGAAUUCUUGCAGCUGCAGGUGUCAAUGUUCCAAGCUAUCCAUCUGAUGGCAGCACAUCAAUGCUUCCGCUUCCAAUGGCAGCUCUUGUCAGUCUAACUAUCACCUUCAAGCUCGACCGGAAUAUUGAGUAUCUCCUUGCUGUGGCUGGCCCAGCCCUUGAGAACUGUGCAACAGGUUGUUCUUGGCCCAGCAUGCCCACAAUCAGCUCCCUGUGGGCACAGAAGAUUCAGCGAUGGCACAAGUACAUCGUUUAUUCCUGCUCCCGCUCUGUAUUCAGACAAAGCAAAGGUGCCGUCACCCAGCUCCUAAGAAGUUGCUUCACUUCGUUCCUCGGGAUCCGCAAUGGCCCUGAUUCUCCAUUAACUAGCCAGGGAAGCAUAAAUGGGCUGCUAGGCCACAUCUCACCCCAAGGCGGGCUUCCUAAUUCAGCUCCAGGAUUGCUUUUCCUCCGAUCUUGUCGGCUAAUCCAAGAUGUUGAGCAGGUGAAUGAUGUUAUCGUGGGUUUAGUGGCUGAGUUUGCUCGGGACUCUGUGGACCUAUCUGCCAAGACAACUUCAACCCGCCUGAGAUCAGCCCACUCAUCCCUCUCCAUCACUGCAGCUCGGGCUAAGGAAGUUUCUUCCCUUGGGGCAAGCCUCCUGUGUGCAGCUGGUGGACCGCGCCUCGUCUACGAGCUGUAUCGGAGGACCAUCCCCACAUGGCUCCUCUCAGCCGAGGAAGUUAAACUCAAAGAGGUAAGCUCAGCCUCCCGCAUAAUAGAGGGCUAUGCAAUGGCUUAUCUAAUGCUGCAGUGUGGCGCCUGCACAUGGGGUAUCAAGGACAGGCCCUUGUCGUGGGGCUUUUCCUCUCAGGCCACUCGGGUCGUUGCAGCACACAUGGACUUUCUCGCGGGGGUGCUGGAGGGGAAUGUGUUGCUUGGGUGUCACCCGGUUACUUGGAAGACUUACGUAUCAUGCUUGCUGGGUUUUAUAGUGAACUUCAACCCUGUCUGGGUUAGGGAAGUUAGGAAGGAGACCUUGAGAAAAUUGGCUUGUGGGUUGAGAAAAUGGCACAAAUCGGAGCUGGCGCUCUCACUUCUUGAAAGAGCAGGGAUUCAAGCAAUGGAUCUUGUUGCAGAAUCAUUGAGUUCUAUCGGGUGAGCUCUGUCUGUGGCAUUUUUUGUAGAAAAUAGUUGGGUAACGGUUUAAUGUCAUUCGAGGUUAGGAAACUCUGGAAGGUCCAGAAUCCAAAACUUGAGAAACAAUGUACAGAAUUUUCCCGGACAGUAAAUCAAUUUCUACAUUCGGCA